AUGGGCACUAGUAGUAGCAAACUCAAUGCAAACACGCUUCCUGGUGGCUCGCAACAUCAGACACGGUUGCUGUACCGUAACACUUGGCGUGUGGACUCGGCUAAUCAAAUUUUUGGUGCCUGUUACGAUGGCAACACUGUUGUGAUCAUUAACCCUGGUCGAAGUCCUAUGAAACUCUACAUUCGUGUACCUGAAGGCACCUAUGCGCUCGUACAGAAACAAGGACAGGAUGAGGAUUACAUUAAGCCGGACGGAAGGCGAUCACCCAUUUGGCCUCCUGGCAUGCACGUUGCUUCAAUCUUCACCAAAGUGGCUCACCUUGUCACGAAACAAUACAUUGUGUUUGACACGCCUGUCAAGGGAUGCAAAACCGCAGACAAUGUGACAGUGGGCAUUGAUAUAUGUCUAAUCCUACGCAUCGUGGGCGAUGAGUCCAAAGGUGAAGACCCCGAGCUCGUACGUCGAUUCGUGUACGAAUUAGGUCCAAAUGGACUGGAAGUGCAGCUUCGUGCAGCUCAAGAUGAAGCUUCAGGAGCACUCAACUUUCGAUCAAAUAGACCGGCUAAUCACGAGUUCCACUCACCCAAGAUGAAUAAAACGACCGAUGCGGAGGCCAUCCCGACGGAAGAGAAAACAUUCUACUGCGUCACAGAGGACAUCAAACAUAGUCUGAACGCCCAGUUCAACACAUACGGCGUACAAAUCACGAGCGUUGCCAUCACAAAUGUUACGCUUCCUCUGGAAUUCCAGAAGCAGAUGCAAAGUCGCACGACGCAUUUAAGUGCCAUCAAGGAGCAAAACAUGAAACAAAUGAGUGAUAUGCAGAUGUUGCAGUACAAAGAGGAGAUUGAUACGACCAAGCUCAAGCGCAGAAUGAUGUAUAUGGAGGAGGAGCAGACGGGUAAAGCCAAGUGCGCUGAGAUUCGCAAAGACAUCGACCUCAUUAAUGCGCAAAGUAAACUCGCGGAUGAGGAAAUUAGUCAAAAGACUAUCGUGAUUUGCAAUAAUCGCGACGUGGAGGCUUCAUUGAAGAUUGCCGAGAUCGAGGCGGAGACGGUGCAAAUUGCAGGAGAGAUCAAUGCUCACUGUGAUGCUGAAAUCUGUUUCAUUCAUGCCGAAAAAGCAGCCCUGCAGAUGCAGUUAGAAGCCACGUCGAGCGAAAUUCGUGUCACGUCCGAGUCGAAGGCUGCAAAGAUCGUUGCUCUUGCCGAGGGUGAUGCAGCACACAAGCUCGACAAGUACCGCCGACACAAACUGGAGAUGCAAAAACUGGACAUGUUCGGAUCGCUUGCCAAGAACAAGCAAACCGUCGUGUCUGGUGACAUGUCCUAUAGUCUGCUGUCAGAGUUGUUGGUGGCAAAUCGCCAAUGCAACGUCAUGCUGAACAUCGACAGAUUAAUGAACAAGACUGGUGGUGACGGAUUUCCUGAAAGCAUUGGCAUCCACAGUGCAGUUGAGGACGCUCAACAGGUACCGUCGCCAUUUAAUGGCGCAACUAAGCAAAGUGUGUUGGUUUUGCGUGCAUACCUACAAUCAAAAAGGCCCUCGCACCACAUUGCCGGCUCAGGUAUCGGCAAACAAUUUGACACUUACAGAAUGUAG